GGAACCGGCACACGAGACCCCCCGGGCGGGGCACGCACCGACACCGAGAGCAGGCCCGAGAGCGAGAGUGAGGGCGAGGCCGAGAGCGUGAGCAGGGCCGGCACUGUUCCCGGGCCAUGCAGGCCGCCAAGACUCCCGCCGCGCAGAAGCGGCCCCCGCGCAUGGCGCUGCAGGAGCUGCAGCUGCAGCCGAGCGCCGACCGGACCGGGCUGACCCCGCUGUUCCACCGGCUGCGGCUCAAGGACCAUGACUGUGCCACCCCAGUGUCCCGUGCCUGGGGCCCCUGCAGCAGAGUCACCAAGGUGCCUUGCACUCCUGGACCCCUGCAAAGUGCUACCCUGCUCCCCCCCAGCAGCACCACCUCAAUGCCUUGCACCCCAGGGCCCCAGAACAGCACCACUUUGGAGCCCUCCAGGACUUCUACCCUGGGCCCCCACAGCUCGGAGCUCCCCAGGACUCCCACCCUUAAGCCUGGUGCCUCUGAGGCCCCCAGCAAUCCCGCCCUUAUGCCUGGUGCCUUGGAGCCCACCAGCAGCACCAGCCCAGAGACCCCUGGCAGUCCUAUUCCAAAGGUCAGCACCCCAAAGCACCCUGACAACACUGUGCCAGCACCUCUGUGCAGCCUGGUCCAGAGGCUCAGCAACACGGAGCCCUCCAGCAUCACUGUACCAGCCUCCAUGUGCAGCUCCAUCCCAGUCCCCAGCACCCUAGAGCCCUCUGGAAACACUGUGCCAGCUCCCCCGUGCAACUCCAUCCCUGUGCCCAGCACCCUGGAGUCCUCCGGAAAGGCUGUGCCAGCUCCCCUGUGCAACUCCAGUCCUGUGGCCAGCACACCGGAGUCCCCUGGAAAGGCUGUGCCAGCUCCCCUGUACAACUCCAUCCCUGUGCCCAGCACUCCUAAGUCCCCUGGCAGUGCCAUAAAAGCUCCCCUGUGCAGCUCCAUCAUAGGACCCUGCACCCCAGGGCCUCCUGGCACCAGCUCCACCCCACAGAAUGUUUCUUUCCAUGGGUGGCAAGUGGCACCCCCAGACUUUUCCUGCAGCCCUGUGGCCUCUGAGUCCCCAUCUGGAGAUAAGAGUGCUGGUCCUCUGCCUUGCCAAGGCACCCCUGAGGGAGCCGAGUCCCCCGCCCCUGCCCCUCCAGAGCAGAGCCCACCUGGACUUGCUUCCAUCGGGACAAGUGUGUUGGAGCCUGCUGGGUCAGAGGCAACCAUCGCCCCUGUCACCUCUCCUGAGUUGGCCCCAGGUGCUGUGUCCUGGAUGUUACCACUGGAGUGGCUGGAGAAGACCCUCAAUGUCCCAUUCCUGAUGGAAUCCCUGCAGCACAGCCUGCCCCUCCAUAUGCCACAGCAAGAUGCCAACUGCAGUGUCACCCCUGUGUCUACCAUGGUCACGGGCACCAGCAAGACCCCAGUGGCUAGCGUGGAUGCUGGCACCAGCAUGACCCCUGUGUCCACCGCGGUCGCUGGCACCAGCAUGACCCCUGUGGCCAGCGUGGUGACUGGCACCAUCAUGACCCCUGUGGCCAGCGUCGUGGCUGGCACCAGCACGACCCCUGUGGCCAGCGUCGUGGCUGGCACCAGCACGACCCCUGUGGCCAGCGUCGUGGCUGGCACCAGCACGACCCCUGUGGCCAGCGUCGUGGCUGGCACCAGCACGACCCCUGUGGCCAGCGUCGUGGCUGGCACCAGCACGACCCCUGUGGCCAGCGGGGUGGCUGGCACCUUCGUGACCAUCCAGGACCUGUGGGAAAGGAGCAUAAACAGAUCUGGGGGAGGCCUGCUCUGUGCCAAGGACAGUGCUACAGAAACAGACUCCUUGCUCUGGCGCUGUCCCCCGGAGGAGCUGAAGACCCUGCCACGAGCAGAGCUGGAGGGGCGGCUGGAGAGCACCCUGAUCAUCAUCGAAGCCCUGGCGCUCCAGCUGCGUGGCUUGCAGGGGAGCCAGCGGCUGCUGCCUGGUGUGGGGCCGGCUGAGCAGAGGGACGUGAUCACACAGACGGACAUCACCCGCCCUGAAGGGGAGGAGGAGAUUUACCACCACCUCUACCUCGAGCAGUGGAAGAAAACAGCGGCCCUGCAGCGGCAGCGGGGAGCAGAGCAGGAUCUGCAGCAGGAGCUGGAGCUGGCUGCCAAGAACGUGACCGCCUGGAGGAGCCAGUGCCUCCUGUUCCGGGGCCUCGUGGAUGCCGCCUUUCAGAGAUUGCAGGAUGAGAAGGGAGCCCUCACACAGGAGCGGGAGCAGGUGAGGGCCCUGGUGUCCCGGUGCAAGGCCGUGCUGGAAAGAGUGCCCAGCAAACUGAAGAGCUGCUUGGAAGAGCGGGAUGUCAUGAGGCAGCAAGCAGAUGAAGCCCUACAAGCCAAGGAGGAGGGCUAUCGCUUCCUGGAGGCCUUCCGUGCCCACGCCAGCGCCCAGAUCAGUGCCCGUGACCAGAGCUUGGCCUCCCAGAGAGAGCUGUGCACCCUGCUGGCAGAGGCCAUCGACCUGCAGAAAUCCCUGUCUGUCGAGGCUCAGGCUUUCCGGAAAAUCAGAGAUGUCACCUUUGAAAAUCUGCAGAAGGAAAGGAAAGCCAUGAAUGUGGAGCGGGAGCAGGUGAGGGCCCUGAUGUCCCGGUGCAAGGCUGUGCUGGAGCAUGUGCCCAGCAAGCUGCGGAGCUGCCUGGAGGAGCGGGAUGCCAAGAGGCAGCAAGCAGACGAAGCUCUUCAAGCCAAGGAGGAGGUGUCCCACCAGCUGCAGGAGACCUCGAUGGCUCUGCAGAACGCAGAGGCUCAGCUGGAGCAGCUGACGGUGGCCAACUCACGCCUUGCAACAGACCUGAGCUCCGCGAUGACAAAUCAUGCCAGCGUGGAACAAGAGCGGGAUGCACUGCAGCAGGAUAACAAGAAGCAGCAAGAGAAGAUGGACGAGCUGGCACAGGAGAACAAGACCCUGAAGGGGAGGUGUGAUGAGCUGUGCCAGGAGCUGCUGGAGGCCACUGAGUGUCGGGAGUUCCUUGAUCAGGAGAACAACAUGUCCCGCAUGCAGCUGCUGGAGGUGGAGGCCAGGCUGAACUCCACACAGGCCACUCUGCAGGAGCGUACCCUGCAGCACGAGAAGCUGAUGGAUUCCCACCAACGCCUGCGGGAAGAGCAAGCUGCCCUGAGCAAGGAGGUAGAGAGCACCAAGGCCGAGCUCCUCAAUGUGCAGAUGAAGAGGAGCAAAGUUUCCUGGUGCUCCCAGGACAUUGCAGAGUGCCACACGCGGCUGCAGGAGCUUGCUGACUGCCUCAAGGCCGCUCUAGAAGAGCAGGAUAACGAUGAUGCCCCAUCGAGAAGCAAAGCCUGGACCCCGGCAGGGCGGGCCACAGGCUGGCAGACACCCCGGCGUGCCUGGACCCCUGCCUUCCGCACGCCAGCACACCGCACCCCACACUGCACCGGCAGCUCCUUCGUGGGCAGCGUCCUGAAAGCCGUGUCAGGGAAAGAUGCCAAUGAAGCCACCAGAGGUGGGAGUGCUGUUACCAAGGACAAACUCACAUCCACACCAAAGCCAGAAGAUCCUGAGGACAGUCUGCUGGAGAGCGUGAAAGAGCUGAAAGCUGUGGUCUCCAACCUUGCCAUGCUGAGCUUCCGCAUCCAAGAGCUGGAGCAGAGCGAGUUCAAGGCACUGCAGAUGGAGAUUUCCAACUUGCAGCUCCGUCUGGAGACGGUGACAGAGGAGAACCAGGAGAAGAUGGAUGUCCAGGCUGCCACCAUUGCCAAGCUGAACAAGGCACUGAGGACCAAGAUCGAGAGUGAGAAGGAGCUGCAGGACGUGGUGAAACAGCAGGAAGAGAAGAUGUUGAAACUCAUCGACAAGAGUGGGGAAGUCACGAUGCUGAAGGAAGAGGUCUCCCAGCUGAAGCGCUCGCUCCAGCGUGCAGAGACAGAGGCCAAGGUGCUGUGGGAGGAGAUGCGGGAGAAGGAGCCCAAGGUGGACACUGCCCAUGUCCAGGACCGGGUCUGGCUACGGCAGGAGGUGGAUAAAUUACGGCUGCUGCUCCUGGAAAAACGGGAUGAGAAACGGCUGCUCUAUGACAAGUGCCUGGCACAGGAAGCGAUGCUCCGUGAUGUCCAGAAAGAGCACAUGAAAGAGCUGAGGACCCAGGAGGAGAUGAAGGAGAAGAUGAAAGAGGUCCUGUCAGCCGUCCCUGAGGUGGCGGUGGUCUGCCAGGAGUUCCACAGCCUGCUGCGGUACCUGGGCCUGAAGCCAGACAGCAAGGAAGCUGCUGAGCCGCUGCCCCAAAACCCCUAGCCUGAAACCUUUCUGUUCCUAAUGUUAUAAUUGUUUAUUGAAUAAAGUUUUGUUGGCGUUUA